GAGAGAGAGCGCAGUGAGUGCACACUGAAGACACACUGACAAUGAGAGCGGAGACCCUGAUUACAGGCUUACUUUUGCUAAGCUUAAGUCAUGGACAACUGGACCCUCAUAUGAUAUCAUUUAGUCGAGGUGUUCAGCUAUUUGUUAAAGGUAUUCAUGCCAAGACUGUGACUCCCAAACUUCAGAUCUUGCUACCUGUUGGGCUUUGGAUGGAGACAUCUGACACCACCAUACUUACAUGUAUCAUCACAGGAUUACACACCAAACUAAUACACAUCACUUGGAAGAUUAAUAAAACCACAGUGACACAAAAACACACUACAGUUGACGUCUUCAAGGAGUCUGAUGGCACAUUCACAGCUUUAGGACUCUUUUACCCCACACCAGGUCAUGAACUGACGAGUGAUGACGUAUACAGAUGUGAGGUCGAGGAAGGAGGAAUAACUUACUAUGAAGAAGUAUGGCCUGAUCACUGUGAACACUCACUGUGACAUCUUGUGGUUUUAUGUGAUUUGUUUUGGACGCUUUGGAUUGUGUAAGACCAUAUGAAGGCCCUACUCAGGGUUGCCAGGUCUGUGAUUUUCUACAGAAUUGGGUUACUUUCUAUUUUAUAAACAUUACAUUAAUAUCAAUUUAUACAACUCUAUUAAAUGCAUUUAAAAAUGUAUGCACUAUUAUGUACAGUACCAGACAAAAGUU